GAACAGGAGGACAUGUUUAACACAUUCGUCAGAAAUUUACUAUAUUCCAAGUAAAAAAAAUAGACACUAAAGUAUAUAUAUUUUAAUUAUAAACAGUUUAUUUUUGCUUAAUGCAAGUGAAUAAAUUGCAAAAUAUUUUCUUCAAAGACCUGAAAGAAAAUGGACGGGCAACUAAUGGCUGGCUCUGUUUUCAUGUGUCGGCUCUGCAACCAGUUCUCUCCCAGUCACUCACUGCUAUUGGACCAUUGUGCCCAGAAGCACCCGUUUCAGGAACCUUAUGCGGACAUCAUUGUUGCACUGAAGCCCCUUGCAGGAGUGCCUUUAGCAGAGAGUUCAGUAAAGCGAAAACGAGGACGACCAAAAGGCUCUACCAAAAAAGCACUCAUAGACCGGAAGGAUGGUACAGAAGACUCCACGCAACCUUCAGAAGACAAAGUCCAAAAGCAAGAGGGGCCAAAAGAGGAAGUCGACAAACAGGCUGAUGACAACAGAAUAUCUGGGCUGAAAUGCAAUGACUGCCAUCGUUUGUUUAGCAACAGACGGCAGAUUGUUAAACACAUCUGCCUGAAAGUAGAGUAUGAGGAAGAGGAAGAUGAGGACGAGGACCCUGACAGCAUUUGCAAAAGUCCUGAGGAUUCAGAAAAUCUGGACCCUCUAGGACGAGAUAAUGGGCAAAAGCAGCAAACCCCCAAAAAAUCAAGGAUGAAGGGGAGAAAGGGAAUGAAGAAUUUUCAGCGCGACAAGAAAGGUCAAACGCUUCCUGAUGGGCAAAGUCUCACCUCCAAAGAAGAUGGACUUGCAACAGGAAGCAAAAAAAGUGUUGAUAUUUUUCUCACUGCAGAUGAGUCACUCCCAGGUGUCAUUCAAUUAAUUCCAGUAGAGAGCAUAUUAACAAAUUCGGGGCACGUCAACAUUCUGAAUGAGUCUCAGGAUACAGCAGUCCCUCAGAAUGAGCCUGCAGACAUUGCAAGUCAGUCUACAGCCAGUGCUGAAGAUUUAAAAGCUGAACAGAACCCAAGUUCUGACAAUAUCGAACCAGCACCCGCAAAAGGCUUCCAGGAAUAUUCCAUCAAGCAAGAUGUUCCUAAUUUACUUCCAAGUCAGCUGAAGGUCUUUGGCUGCGAGGUCUGUCAUAAAAUCUUUAAGUUUCGACACUCGCUGAUGUCCCACCUCAGGACGCACACCCAAGAAAAACCAUUCAAGUGUCCACACUGUGACUAUGCAUCUUCCAUCAAAGCCAACCUGAAUGUUCACUUAAGGAAGCACACUGGCGAAAAGUUCAGUUGUCAACAGUGUCCCUUCAAAUGCCUCAACCCAGGACACCUCAAGGUCCACAUUGAACGAGUUCAUUUGAAGGUGAAGCAGCAUUGCAGCUUCUGUCAAAAGAAGUACUCCGAUGUGAAGAACUUGAUCAAGCAUAUAGAAAAAAGUCACAAUCUGAAGGACCCGCUCAUCCACAAGAGCUACCAACAACUGAGGCUGAAGACUCGCCAGGGUCUCCGACAACUCCUCUACCACUGUCCUACCUGCAGCCGCUGCUUUAAGAACCAGAUGGAGCGCGACCGCCACUCACUGGUCCACGGGCCUCAACGGCCUUUCACCUGCUUGCUCUGUGACCACGCCAGAACCAGCCUGGCCAGCCUCACCGCACACGUCAGAAAGCAUCUCUUCUUGUACGUGUGUGUGGCGUGCGAGAGGAAGUUUGUCAGCAGUCAAAGACUCAAGAGUCACCUCACAGAGGAUCACCCUGAGCUGGAGCAAGAGCAGGCAUUCACCGAGUGUAUUAAAAGCAGCUUCUACUUGAUGAAUGGCGGAGAGGUUUUGUCAGUAGAUGAAGAAAGAAAGGGCAAAGAGGGAUGUUUAAACAUGGAGGGAAGCACAGAAGCGGGAGUCGAGAGCAGAGAAGAGGUGAUAAGAGCCGAAGAUGUUGAGGAUGGUGAAAGUGAGUCUCAAAAAGCAGCUGCACCGGAAGAUGCGCAGCAAGAAAAGGAGGACAUUAAAAUUCACGGUGAAAAUGUGGAAAGUGAGAGGACAAGUGAAGGAUGUACUCCAAAUCUGGGAACCAAAACUGUCGCUGAGACAAAGACGGAUGCGUGUGUUGAGUCCUCAAAAACAAAACACGCAUGUAACUCUGCAGAUACAAAUGAGCAAGGACAAACUCCUUACUCAGAAGACACUCAAGUGCCCAAUCCUACCCAACACACUCAUUUGCCUUCAGAAGAAAACAUCCAAACUACACAAUCAGAAAAAGACUUCCAACUAAGUGCAUUCCAGCAGGUGUUGUUAUCAAUUCCGAAGACUCCUCUUGAUAUGGAGACUUUCCAGCAGAUCAGGAAAAUGUAUGGCGAACUGGAGUGUCAAUAUUGUGGGAAACUGUUCUGGUACAAGGUCCACUAUAAUGCCCACAUACGCACACACACCAAGGAGCACCUACACCACUGCUCAAAGUGCAACUACUCGUCCAUCACCAAAAGCUCUUUAAAGCGCCACCUGAUCCAGAAGCACAGCGGCUUGCAGCUGUCAUGUUCCACUCCAGGAUGUAAAUACACUACACCUGAUAAAUACAAACUACAAGCCCAUCAGAGGACUCAUCAAAAAGAGAGGAAGAGCACACCGUGUCCCACCUGCCAUCAAAGCUAUCCUGAACACCGACUUAAACGCCACAUCCAACUAUCCCACCCUGAUACAUUACCAGUUAAAGGGCAGAUGGUGAAGCGAGCAGAGAAGUGCCCCUACUGCGAUGCUUACUACCUCAGGAACAGCAGUGAAUUUCAGAAGCACAUCUGGGCCCACCAAGGUGUGAAACCUUUUGUCUGCAAUAUAUGCAACUAUGCUAGCUGCAGCAGGAGUAACUUGAAAAAUCACAUGAAACGACAUAACAAGGAAAAAUGUCACAUCUGUGACCUGUGCGGUAAAGCGCUUAAAUCCAAAGCGUCAUUGAAGAGCCACAGACAGAGCCAUACAAACCAAGAGAAAGAAUUCAAAUGCUCAGAAUGCGACUACAGUUCAGUUUUCAAGUAUACUUUGGUGAGACACAUGGAGCAACAUGCUAAAUUUAAGCCAUUUCAAUGUGCUCACUGUUUCUACUCCUGCAACACAUCUGGUCCCCUGAAACGACACUACAAUAUAAAACACCCAGACCAGGAUUAUCAAAAUGUUGGAGAAGGUCUCUCAGAUACAGAUUAUUCUACACAACAAGGCAUCAAGUGCCCUAAAUGCCCUUUUGUUUAUGGCACCAAAUGGGAGCUAAAUCGACACAUGAAGAGGAAGCAUAGUUCAAAAGAGGCAGCAUGUAUCUGGGAGGUGGAAGAAAUGGUAGAGAGUCAAUGUAUCCCUUUAGCACAAGAAGUGGAGUUGACAGAAGAACCUGUAACAGUCCUACAAGACAAUAGAACUGAGCAUAUUGUCCAGCAAAUUGUUGAGUUAAGCUCAGAAGCUCAUGACGCCAUCACAUCGAUGGUCACCAUGGCUCCUGGCACUGUUGCUGUGGUUGAACAGGUGGCUGAUGAGGAGGAGGUCGGCGACCAUCAGUUAAUGGUUUUGAAUGCAGAUGGCGAUUUUUCUGGCGAGCAGGUGAUGGUGGUGGAGGAGAGACACGAACUGGAGGGCCUGACAGUUCUCACUCAAGAUGACAACACCCCACAUUUUAUUGUCUAUGUAGAGGAACAGACUGUGGAAAUCAACUAGUACUGCUUGAAUUUCACAAUACCUUUCAAUUAUCCAUAACCAAGUCGAAGAUUUUAUACAUAAGGUACCUACAUCCAUACAUAAACUAUCAAUGAGCAAUGUUGAAUUGUUACACUGGUUAAUCAUCUAUCAUGAAAUGUGCAAUACUUAUAUACAACACCUUUUACUUUCACAGCAAAGAAAUAAAAUCAUGUCUUACA